ACCCGGUGAACCGAUCAGGGUCGCCCCAGACACUGGUUGUAAAGUCCACGCAGCCCGCGGGACUCAACCGCGUUCCGGUACUCAGAUGGGGGCGAUGGCACCGCGCAUGCUACUCCUGCUGCUGGCGGCCGCCCUGGCCCCGACCCAGACCCGCGCGGGCUCACACUCGCUGCUGUAUUUCUACACCGCCAUGUCCCGGCCCGGCCUCGGGGAGCCCUGGUUCAUGGAAGUCGGCUACGUGGACGACACGGAGUUCGUGCGCUUCGACAACGACGCGGAGAAUCCGAGGAUGGAGCCGCGGGCGCGGUGGAUGGAGCGGGAGGGGCCGGAGUAUUGGGAGAGGAACACACGGAUCGCCAAGGAAAACGAGCAGUGGUCCCGAAUGGGCCUGAGGAACCUGCGCGGCUACUACAACCAGAGCGAGGGCGGCUCUCACACCGUCCAGAGAUUGUAUGGUUGUGACGUGGGGUCGGACGGGAGCCUCCUCCGCGGGUAUGAUCAGUUCGCCUACGAUGGCCGCGAUUACAUCUCCCUGAAUGAAGACCUGAAAACGUGGGCGGCGGCAGACCUGGCAGCACAGAAGACCCGGAACAAGUGGGAUCAGGCUGGUACUGCAGAGAGACGCAGGGCCUACCUGGAGGGCACGUGCUUGGAGUGGCUCCGCAGAUACCUGGAGCUCGGGAAGGAGACGCUGCUGCGCUCAGAUCCCCCAGAGGCACAUGUGACCCUUCACCCAAGACCUGAAGGUGGUGUCACCCUGAGGUGCUGGGCCCUGGGCUUCUACCCUCCUGGUAUCUCCUUGAUCUGGCAGUUGAAUGGGGAGGACCUGACCCAGGACAUGGAGCUUGUGGAGACCAGGCCUGCAGGGGAUGGAACCUUCCAGAAGUGGGCAUCUGUGGUGGUGCCUCUUGGGAAGGAACAGAAUUACACAUGCCAUGUAGAGCAUGAGGGGCUGCCUGAGCCUCUCACCCUGAGAUGGGAGCCUCCUUCAUCCACAGACUUCAACAUGAGAAUCAUUGCUGUUCUGGUUGUCCUUGGAGCUGUGGCCAUCAUUGGAGCUGUGGUGGCUGUUAUGAUGAAGUGGAGGAGAAACACAGGAGGAACAGGAGGAGACUACACCCCUGCUCCAGCAUGAAGACAGCUGCCUGGAGUGGACUGAGUGACAGACGAUGUGUUCAGGUCUCUGCUGUGACAUCCAGAGUCCUCUGUUCUCUUUAAACACUAGUGUCUGAUGUUCCCUCUAAUUUUGUGGGUUUGCUGUGAAGAACUGUGGAGCCCAGCCUGCCCCUGCAUUUCAGGGCCCUGUCUCUGCACUGCCCUGUGUUCUCUUCCACAGCCAACCUUCCUGUUCUGAAGUGGAAACUCAGGGAUCUCAGGAAAGUCGUUUGGAUGGUGUUUUGCUGUGGCAAACAGGAGGAAUGUUUCCUUACAGUGGACACAGGUGUGAAAGACUGAGAUUGACUGGGGAAGGAAUGUUUCCCUCAGACAGACACAGGAGAGAGGAUGUUCUGCUAAAGCAAGCACAUGAAAGGACACGCGAUGAAGGAGACUUUGCUCACAACAUGCAUGUAUUUGUCCGCCUUACAUUGCGUACUCGAGCUGUAUUUGUCACGGCUCCAUAGUGAGUAAUGCACCAAUUAACUUCUGGUGGUGUGCUGCAGUCUGUUGCUGUUUCAGAGGACUGUGGCUGACUGGAUGCAUGGGCUGAGCAAGACUCGUUCUGAGUCAAGGCACAUGGAGGACACGCGAUGUUCAGAGGGUAUAAAUAGGGCUCCACAGAGUGACUGACACAGAGGUUGUCUUGCUGCUACAGCUCGCCAUGGAACGCUUAUGAGACUUUGCUGAUCUCUGCUUCCCUGACAGAGGCCCAGCUGAGAACCUCUCCUGGGGUUCCUGUUGGUCUCUCCAGCUGACUCCUGCCAGGCCUGGCUCUCUCUGCUUGGUGAUGCCACUGUUGCUCACCUGACUCUACCAAACUGGACUGCUGGUAUACACAAGGUGUUUGCAAGUGGGUAGAGCUGCUGCCGACCUGUGAACUGAACUGAUUUCCACACAAUACACAUGUGGUCGGAAAGCUGCCCUGGGCUCUCCCUGUAGCCAGGGUUCUCAAGUGUCUGGUGAGAUCUGUCUGCUCAUCUCUCAGGAUCACAUCCACAGGUGAGAUAAGACCUAACAGAGAGGCUUCUCCCCUGUAACUUGGGUACCGAUUCCUGAACUAGGACUGUCUUACCUUUUCCGUCUUGUGUUCUGGAGUUAACUCCCUGAAGUCUCUUAAUCUCCACCCCCAGCUCUGUGCACCUGGGUCUUGCAGCUGAUGCACCUGUGGUUGCUCUGCCUUUGGGUGGCUCUGUAUGGCAGGAGAGCAAAGUCCCCCUCAGAGGCUUGUGACCAUUUAAAUCAUCUCAUAUUCAUAGCACUAAAGACAAUGGAGACAGAAGCUGAGGUAAAAACCUGACAGCUCAGCAAGGAAACGUUAUUUUCUUAACUACAUACAGGAAAUCUAUUUACCAGCCUGAUGCUACAACUAAACUCCAGCCCUUCAGAAAUCUGUCUGUGUCACUCUAUCAAUCUAGUCUGCCUUUCUCUUGAGUUCCUGCAAACCCAAGAGAGCUCCGGAGCUCUCUUUCCCGGAUUUAUAUUUUAUCUGUGUCCUGCCAGCUGCCCCUCUGUCGUUCCUACAAGUCCUAAAAGAAAAUCCUAUUCUACAAAGGCUCUUCAAAGCUGACAGAGACAGAGAGAGACAGAGACAGAGAGACAGAGAGACAGAGAGAGGUGUCAAAUGUCCAAUUAUUUAUGAAAGAAGUAUUUAAUUCCUCCCUUACCCCCUCACCUGCUGAUCCAUUUCUCUGUCAUGGGAGUUGGGGUUGGGAGCUGUCCAAGGCAAGCCACUACAGGCUCAACCAUUUCACCUUUAAGGUGGAAGGUAGCACAAGGCCACCUGCUGACCUUGCCUCAGGUCAUAGAGCAAGGACCACAGGACCUCUCCCAAGCACCUUGCCUUAAAAUAAGCAGGGUCUUUCCCUUCUUUAGCGUUCUUAUCUGUGGUGAAUUCAGAGGCACCGAAACCACACCAAGACACAUAUCCUGGAUCUGCCAAAUAUGAUAUCCACUGAGGGGUUAGGAGCUGAACUUUUUUUUUUUUUUUUUUUUUUUGGAGCUGAGGACGGAACCCAGGACCUUGCCCUUGCCAGGCAAGUGCUCUACCACUUAGCUAAAUCCCCAACCCAGGAGCUGAACAUUUCUUGUCUGGGUUUUUCUGGCUGCCAGGGGAAGGCAGUUGCUGGUUCGGCUCUCUCCUUUGGUUGAUCUGGGUAAGUGGCCAUGGUUUUCAGAGGACCUCCCGGGUCAACGCUAAGCUUUAUGACUUUUGAUGCAAUCUACAGCUUUUUGUGUCCUGUGUAAAUAUAAACAAAUCAACAUCCCCAACACCAUACAUUUGCUGACUUCCAUUCUGAUGUUAACACAUCCUUAUAGUACAUAGGGUGAUUUUUUAAAAAAGAUUUAUUCAUUUAUUAUAUAUAAGUACACUGUAGCUGUCCUCAGAUACACGAGAAGAGGGCAUCGGAUCUCCUUACAGAUGGUUGUGAGCCACCAUGUUGUUGCUGGGAAUUGAACUCAGGACCUCUGGAAGAGCAGUCAGGUGCUCUUAACUGCUGAGCCAUCUCUCCAGCCCACAUAGGGUGAUUUAAUUCCACAGUUUUUUCUUUUUCUUGAUCCAGUGUCUCUUGGUAGCUGUUGGUCCUCUCUUGUUAAUGUUCAGAAAAUGCAAAGUUAAUGGAGCACAAUCUAUUCUAUCCCUGGGGCCUUUAUUCUUUCUUUUUGUUUUAUAGGUGAGUUUUUAAAGGUGUAAUUGGGUCUUUUCUACUGUUUGCCCUGCAGAAUUGUGUGGUGUAGCUGUAAUGUGCUUUGUAAUGAGGGAAGAGUUGCUGCAUCUUACUGGAGACGUAUGCAGGGCACUGUCGGUCCUAGUUUGUACACCUAUUCCCACCAGAGCCAUGCCUUCCAGUAAAUGUGUAAUUACAGAGCCAGCCUUUUCAGAACUCAAAGCAUUUGCCCAUUGGAAGCCUGAGUAUGUGUCAGUGGUGUGGUGCAAGCCUUAGGCUUCCAAAUUCUGCAAACUGAAACACAUCUAUCUGCCAGAUUCCAUUUUUUAUUUACUUUGUUGGUGCCCUUAGAGUUACUUCUAGUGUGCAAUGCAGUUUGGUUGUACAAAAAACAAGUAGGACAUUUCUUUAUAAAUGCCUUGGCUUGUUGCCAGGUCAAAGAAUUUUUCCUUGAAACCUUAACUGUUAACAUAGUGGUUUUCAGGAACAUCUGAGGCUCCUAACACACUCCUUAUGAAUAAUCAGUCAUUUCCUUCAUUCCCUGUGCUAAUGGCCCCGGCAUGACCGUGAGAGACUGAAUGUGGGUGAUAAGUCAUGGACAGUCGCUGUUUCUGAUUGUCUGGUGCAGCGGCAAAAUAAUGUGAAUUCUGAAUUAUCCAGAACAAAUUCAGCAGUUGCUGUGUGGAGAACAACUCUUUCUGCAUAUUGAGACUCAGUCACUAUAUUAAGAGAUUCAGGAAGUUUUGAUAAUACCAUAAAGAUUGCAUACAACUCUGAGUUCUGCACUGAAGCACAUGGGCUUUGAAUUACAAAUUCUUUCUUUCUUCCUUUCUUUCUUCCUUUCCUUCUUUCUUUCUUUCUUUUUCUACUGAAUUAUUAUCAGCCAUUCCCAGCUUUUUCAUCCAGGACUGUAGGGGCUUCAGGAAAUAGUGUUCCUUUUAUAAUGCAUUGGACAAUCCAAUUAGUACUUUUUGUAAACUGAAGUUGUUUUCUUUUAGGACAUUUGUAAGUCUGGAGAGAUCGUUUGGAGGUUAAGAGCACUGACUGUUCUUCCAGAGGUCCUGAAUUCAAAUCCCAGCAACCACAUGGUGACUCACAACCAUCUGUAUGUAACAGGAUCCCAUACCCUGUUCUGACAGCUACAGUGUACUUACAUAUAAUUAAAGAACAUGUGUUAAUUGCUCCCAAAUAGUUGUUACAAACUCUAGGCCAGUCUACAUUGAUUACCCAUAAUGAAGGAAUCUCAGUAUUAGUAUACGGUCUAUAAUUUUGAUGGGUCUAUUCCUACAAUUGUCAUAAUCAUACUUUUAUAAUUAAAUCAGAAUCUUUUUGUUAUAAGGCUUUUAGUUCUUUCCUUUUAGUGUGUUGUAAGAAGCUUAAUUCUAAAAUGUUAUUCUCUUUGCACAAUGAGACCCGUGGGAGAAUGAGUUAAAGACAAAAGAACCGGAGGUGGGGCUCCGCGGGGGCCGCAGCCCCCAAACCUUGUCAAGUUGCAGGGAGCUGCACAGCACUGGGCAAGGCCGAGGGAGGAACCGCCCCUUGACGCCUGCUGCCAAGUCCUGGGCUGGGCAGGACCAGCACCAUUGAGGAUGCACAACGAGUUCACAGGACCUAUCCAUGUAACUGGGCCCAGGUAAUUCAACACACUGUCGUGAGAGUGCACUGCAUACACCUGACACACAUGCACAAAACCACACAUGCAUAAAUAUUAAAAACUUCAAAAUGAGGUUUCUGGGCUGAGGAAGUGGCUCAGAGGUUAUGAGCGCUUUUGUUCUUCCAAGAAUUCCCAAGUUCAAUUCUCAAUACCCACAUCAGCGCCCAAUCAUGUAAUUACAGUUGGCGGGAGAGGGUCGGCUUCGAGUGUGUGUGUGUGUGUGUGUGUGUGUGUGUGUGUGUGUGUGUUCCCAUUGUGUGUCUUGUAACCUACUGGUUUUUUCUUCAGUUGAACAGACACAGUAAAGGAAUCACCCAUUCUGGACCGUGGCAGUCUGUUGUAGAAGAGGACGCAGGGGUCAGGGAGAAAACACUACUGCUCCACCCCUGACACCUCAGCCCACCCUCUCCAUGCCUCUCUCUGCGUCACCACCACUCCUAAACCUAGUCCUGAUUUAUCAGAGUUGUUUGUUUGUUUUUCUUUUUUUCUUUUUCUAACAAAACUAAGAAUGAGGGGGCUGGAGAGAUGGCUCAGUGGUUAAGAGCACUGACUGCUCUUCCAGAGGUCCUGAGUUCAAAUCCCAGCAACCACAUGGUAGCUCACAACCAUCUGUAAUGGGAUCUGAGGUCCUCUUCUGGUGCGUCUGCAGACAGCGACAGUGUACUUAUAUAUAAUAAAUAAAUCUUUAAAAAAACUAAGAAUGAAA